GCUGAGAAGAGCGCGCGGGGAACUUAGAGGAUAUAAUGGACUCUUAGACUUUGAGAAACGCGUUCAGGACAUCUGGGAAAUAAAAUAUCAAGUGACACUGUUAGACGCUGGAUACAUUCUGAUAUUUUUGAAUCAUGCAACACUACGGAGUGAACGGAUACUCUCUGCACGCUAUGAACUCACUGAGCGCCAUGUACAACCUGCAUCAACAGGCGGCGCAACAAGCUCAGCACGCGCCUGAUUACCGUCCGUCGGUUCACGCGCUCACCCUUGCCGAGAGACUGGCUGAUAUCAUACUCGAGGCUCGCUACGGUUCUCAACAUCGCAAACAGCGUCGCAGUCGCACCGCUUUCACGGCCCAGCAACUGGAGGCUUUAGAGAAGACUUUUCAGAAAACUCACUAUCCUGAUGUCGUGAUGCGGGAGCGCCUGGCCAUGUGCACUAACUUACCUGAGGCACGCGUGCAGGUGUGGUUCAAGAACCGUCGUGCAAAGUUUCGCAAGAAGCAGCGAAGCCUCCAAAAAGAACAACUGCAGAAGCAGAAAGAUCCAUCAACCGAUGGAGCCGUGGCAGCAAGCGAUAAGGAUAAACCCCCUUCCGCCAUUAAUCUCGAGAUCCAGCCACCAUCGUCCUCUUCCUCCUCCAUGGAACCCGAGGCGGGUCCCCACACACUGGGAUCUGAACUUUCUGUUGAGCUAAAUGUGACAUCGGCAGAGCAGUCAGGCAGUGAGUCUGCUACAGAAGACAACGCAACGGACAAGGAAGAAGAGAUAAAGCAGCACAGGGAGGAUCUGAAGGUUGAUAAAGAACCAACACCUAGAAACCUCUCACCUCUUUGCAAACGUCUCAGCCCUAAACCAGACUCUCCUCUUGGUUCCCCAGCCAUCACUUCCUCCUCUGGUGGCGUCACCGGCGGGAUCUCACAGAGUCAUUCCUACUCCUCGUCUCCGCUCAGCCUCUUCCGGUUGCAGGAGCAGUUCCGCCAGCACAUGGCCGUCACCAACAACAUGGUUCACUAUCCCUCUUUUGACAUGGCGACUCCCUCGUCUAUACCAUACCUGGGAAUGAAUGUCAACAUGCCAGCACCCCUGGGUUCCCUGCCCUGCCAGUCCUAUUAUCAGUCUCUUUCUCACCAUGCACAACAGGUUUGGAACAGCCCCCUGCUGCAGGCCUCUGGAGGCCUCCCCAGUCACAACAGCAAGACCACAAGCAUUGAGAAUCUACGCCUGCGGGCAAAGCAGCACGCAGCAUCGCUGGGCCUGGACACACUGCCCAACUGAGAAGAAGAAUAAAAACUACCUGAGCAAGGGAACAUCUCUCGACCACUUCUAACAUGCCAUCUGGACUUGUCAAUAUAGGGGCAAUCAUCUAAAAUGUACAGGAAACUUUGUUUUUAAAAAAAGAAAAAAGGUGUAACGCCCAAAGCAUUGUCUUGGUUUUGAGGCUAAUGGCUUAAAAGGGCAGUGAAAUUAUGUUGCUGCAGUAUUAAGUCCUCAUGAUGAUAUCACAUGUAUCCGCAUAGCUUAAAAACAAACAGGCCCUGAUUUAGAUGUUGUGUUAUUUAUAUAUUUUGGAUGGGCAUAUAUGAUUGAUAUAAGCACUUUUUGGAGAGGAUCUCAGCCCACUGUGUGCACUGAGACAGGCUGUACACCAGAAUCUGUUAAGAACUUUCUUAAUUUAAUUACUGUGGUUUGCAAAUCACACAUUACGCAAUUUACCUUGGAAAUGUAAAUCUUGUGCAGCUAAACAGGUUGAUUAAACAUAACCUGUUUAAUGGUCAGGAUUAAACCAAGGUAAAUUGAGAAUGGUUGGUAAUGAGACUUCAUUGGCUACAUAUGCAAAGCUUUUAAUUACAUGUAGCCUUGGGUGGAGGAUGAAAUGCAAUUAUAGGCCGUGCAUAUAAUUUGAGAUUGCCAUAUUAAUGCUCUGAGGGAAAAUACUUUCAACCGACAAAAAACUACCUGCUUAAGUGCAUCUGAAUGUUGCAACAAGAAAAUGUCUUUGUUGCUACCAAUACAAACAGGAAUUCUCCUGUGGAAAUCAAAGCACUUUUAUAUACAGCAGCUUUUUCCCCCUCUGCUUAUUCUUUCCCUCUCAUUGUGUUUGUAAACUAUUUUAAUAUGUAAAAUACACAAAGUCUUUAUCUAUAAAUGUUUACUGGUAAGGCAAAUGUAAAAGUUUCGUUUUAGAGUGAGAAGAAUUUAACCCUGUGAUGAUUCUGGUAGCUGUCCUUUGUAAGAUCGUACUGGGUGGGCCAUAGCCUGCUGGCGUCCUCCCCAGAUUAUUUAACCUAUACAGUCUGGUUGUCUAUGUAACUCUUUCAUUGUCACUGUGGACGUACAUUUACAGUCACUCAUGACAUCAAACAAAAUGGUGAAUUUGUAGCCUAUAUCAGUGGAGAGUGUUCCAGAA